AGACAAGAGGCAGUUCAACCUGAAAAACAAGCCCACGAUGGAAUUGCAACAUCAUGGCAAUUCACUAAAACUUCUCUGUCUUCAGAUUUAAGGCUUCUGCAUCUCCACGUUUGUUGAUUUUCUUUUUUGUUCCUUCUAAAAAAAAUAACUGGAGUGGAUUAUGUUUCUGCUGAAUCUUAAGGUUUAUAGCUGAAACUGGAAAGCUAUUGUUCACACUGAUGCGGGAGGCAGGAGUUUGGCAAUAGGGGAAGACAGGUGAUGUAAAACUUGUGUCCUCAGCUGUAGCUCUGUGGUAAUUCCGAGGGUCUGGGAAGUGAGUUGAGAAAACCACUGAAGAUGUCUUCUAAUUCAACAACAGCCAAAUCUAGAGAGGAAAUGCUCUUCCAGUGUUCUGGGGCCAUUGUAGCUGUUAUAGUCAUUGGGAUCUUCAUCAUAUUCUCGAUAAUACUGGUGACAUUAAAAGCAUAUAACAAGAAAACACGAAUAAUUCAGGAACUGGGACCCUCAACCAACAAAAAGAUGUCCACCAGUACAACAAAGACCAGUCUGGCUGUCAGAAGCUUGGGGCAAAACAGCUUCGCGUUGGGCACCUUGGGACAAAACAGCCAGCCCAUCAGCACCAUCAGCACGACUAACGUAAUGCCCACUAGUCAGAAUCCGCGCAGCUCCACUGAGUACAGCUUGUCCAGUCGUCCCACUUUAAUAACAGGAUUGACACCUCCUGGCAUUCCUCUGGAGAACCGAUAAAAACCGACUGGAACCAUAAACACUUCCAUAGAGACGGAAUACUAUUGGAGACUGGUUUGCUUUUGCAGCCUGUACAGCUUUUGCACCUUGGAGAGAGAUACAUCAGUGUGGAAAUUCACUGCAUUGUGUGUUUGCAUUUGGGUUCCACACUGGACAGUUCUGCACAUAGAGCCUGGGGAAAGCACUAGUCUUUGGGAUUCAAGGCGUAGUGCAGAUAUAUUUAUGUGACCGUACUUUAAAGCUAUGUCAAAACAGCUCCUAUGGUCUGGAGCAGCUGUUUAACAUCGCCAGUUUACAUUUAAGAUAGCAUACGUUGCCUUUCCAAAAGUUUACUGUAGUGUAACAUAGUAAAGUGAAGUAAAGCAAUGCAAGCAAUAGCGAGUACUAAAAUGACAAGCAUGCAAACUGCAAAAUUACUGCGCAUAUGUGGUUAACUUUCACCAUUGUUAAUAGUAUACAACUGCAGGAGAUGCAUAGCUCUUUAGGGAGGAGUGGGUUGCUCUUUGAAACAAUCAGACACAAUGUUGGCUUUUAAACCUUAAGUCUGUGGGUUGAGAUUUCCCCUCCAUCUGUAAAUCUGGGUAUGAAGCCUUUUCCUUUCAGAACAAUGCACUGCACAGGCUGCAUCCCCAAACACCUCAGUUCUAGUGUGGGGGUAUCAUUUUUCCCACAGCAGCAACUGGCUAAACGUUUCGACCAGCCUGUAGAGUAAUUGCUACUGUAGUAUACAGCAUAUUCCAGAUGCAGAUUUGCAUCUACUGCCUCUGCUCACCUGGCUAGAGGAGCUGGCUCGAUGAACAAUCAGGCAGACAGUGGACCAUCUUUGACCCUGGAGCUGUGGGUCUGCACUGCCUCUCCCUGUAUGUUUCUCUGAGGUACAGUCUGCUUCAGAUAGAUUAUUUUUAGGUUGACCUCUAUUGCAGUUAUAGUCACUGUAUACAGUAAGGGGUUAAAUAACUAUUUGUUGCUUGUCUACUAAACUUUGCUGAAUGCAUUGGCAUGAGCUCAACAGCAAACUCAUUUGAAGGUACACUGGGCUACUCUGGGUUUGAAAGCAGUCCUCUCUGGACUGGCCCCUAUAGGCCAAUAUGAACACACAAUUCCUCCAUUUGAAAUCAGAGCAAUAUUCUGUGCUGUGAAGAGUGCUUGAAUAUGACCAAUGAAUUGAAAUACGAAGGGUCUUUUAAAACUAACAAGUGCUAGGAACAGAACGUGAUGUUCCCGGUUCCUGUUAUUUCCUGAAUAUGAGAUUAUGUGUGACAUCUCCAUGGAAAUGCACUUAUUAUGUAAUUCUAGGAGAAUCUGUUUUAAGAAAUAUACUGCAUAUUUAAAACUGUAUUUUAUAUCUGUUACAUUUGGUUCUUAGAUGUUAUAAGUGCUGUAAACUGCAGGAUGAAAUGUUGUACCGUAAGAUGUUUUGCACAAAAAUACACUAUUUCAAAAUUA